AUGAUAAUCGAUAUUAUUAAUCGAAAUAUUGUAACUAAAAUUCAGUUUACAUUUGAAACAAAUAAUUACUCUAAUUAUGCUUUAAAAUCAACGAAAAUUUCUUCUUUAUUAAAUAACGAAAAUAUUCUUGAAUACUUAAAUUUAACUGAUCUAUCUUUUGAUGAUUGUCUUCUUGUCGUGAAAGGAAGCAAUGAACAUAUAUUAACAAAAGAAGAUCUUCAAAAAUCUAUAGAUACUUAUUCAAUUACUGAAAAUGAGCCCAUUCAUUUUCAAAUAAUGACCUUAGUACAAAUAACAAAAUAUGACGAUGAAGAACAAAUAAAAGUUCCUUUAUUAAAUAGAAAUAUAACUAUUGAAGAAUUAUUACAUUUAACAAGAAAAUCAAUAGAUAUUUAUAAAUAUUUAGCUACAAAUGAUACAAAACGAAUUCUUAAUUCUAAUGAAAAACUUUCAAAUUUAAAUAAAACAAAAUUUAUUCUUAUUAAAGAAAAUGAAAUGUGUCUUGUAUUGAUUAAGAAAUCGAAUGAUUUACAACCUAUUCAUGUUACUGAAGAAGAAAACGAAAAAUAUCAACGAUUUAUUGUUUGUGCUACAAUUGCUGAUGUUAAUAAAGAAAAUCAACAAGAUAUUUUACAUCAAUAUCUUUUGUAUUCAAAUGAUAUUGUUCCAUCAACUGACAUCCAAUUAAUAACAUUUCAAUCAGAAUCAUUAAUUCAAUUUAUUGCCAUUGAUCAAAAUUUACCAAUUACUGUUACUAUAAAAAAUACUGAAGUAAAUAAGUCAAUUCAAUUCAAUUGUAGACUUUCGAUAACAAUAAAGCGUCUCUAUGGAAUUGCAUGUCAACUAUUCUGCUUGAAAAGAGAGUAUUAUUGUUUAAUUAUGAAUGAAACUACGUUGGAUGAUGAUGAUGUCUGUUGA